AUGUCGGCUGUCAUCCGCGCAAUUGCUUCAAGGGCUGUUCGCCCCGAAACUUAUCAGUCGCAUGUCGCGGCGGUUGACACACUUAUCAUGCAAACCUUUCAAGGGCCAAUAACUGACUUGCUUGGUGUUUAUGCUAUGAUUGUAUUUCUAACAUGGACUGGACGAACACGAUUAAUGGGCUACGUUGCCUCCGUGGCCACCGAAUUGAAGUUACAUGAAGCUGCGAUCGUAAUCGGGGAUCAGGAUACUGAGCAUACCCCAGAGCUAGUCGAAAACGCAAGAGCUUGGUUUACCUUUUGCUGUUUGGACUUGCAAACGAACCUCAGUAAACCCUAUGUCAUCAACAACAUGAGGCAAUAUCUGGGUUAUGCGAAGUACCUCGUUAUGUCUCCCUAUCACCGCCCUGUCGAUAACCGCAUCUGUGCCUACAUUCAAGGAUUUAUAAUCACAGGGGAUCUGAAAGGAAAGCUACAGAACUCUCAGAUGAGGUCAAAGCCAUUGCCACAGGCAGCCAUUGAUCUUCUUACUUCUUCCGAUGAAGCCGUCGAUAAGUGGCUUCAUGAAAUGACGAAUAAAUUCCAUCCCCUCUACCAAACGUUUUCGGAGAAGCAAGAUAGAAAUCGGCUACUGGUGCCAUUUGCCUUCAUGAAGCUCUAUAUCAACGGUCUCGUGUUGCAGGGUAUGGGGUCGGCAGAUGACUUGAAGUCAGAUCCGGUUCGAAUAGAAUUCAUUCGGCGAGCUCUAGAGAGUGCAAGCUUGAUGAUCGAAACACAGCAUGAGUCCACAAAUUUCCGGCGAUCAUUCAAAUACAGCAUAGACUAUACCGGCAUACCAUUAUACUACGCAAUCAGCUUCAUUUUGAAAGCUCUCCCUCUUGCUUACAGUUUCGUCGACCCUCGGCAUCUUCUCAACAGGGUUGAACAAGCAGCGGAGAUUUUUGAAGAAGGCGGAGCACAAGAUACCGCCAAUGAGCUUCGACGAGACAGUGAUAGAAUAGCAGCAUUAACUCAAACAGUCCUGAGUCGUCGGGCUAUCCAGAGUUCUGAUGGGGACAUACCACUGAGCGAGCUUUUCGAUAUUCCCAGUUUUAUUGAAGAGAUGACGUGGGACGAAAAUUUCCCAGCAUUGGGUAUAUUUCCUUCGGAGUGA